AUGCUGGUGACACUCAGUUCACCCCCCGGUGCACAAUUAAGAGGAAUAGUUGACAGCAUCGAGGCAGGCAAAAGCUUGACCUUACGAAAUGUAAUCUGCCCCGCAAACGGCAAAUAUGUCCCCGAAUUCACAAUCAACGCCUCCGAAAUCAUCGAGCUGGUUGAAGCCGUGAACGAAAAUGCCGCUCCACCACCUGUAGUGCCUCCGCCAAAAGCAAAGGCAUUUGAGGAUCCGGCUAUACUAAGUGUUGGGAAGAGACCUACGCCUACAAUUGGGAGUUCCAGCAGACCCAGUAUCCCUUCGCACUGGCAAAGCAACGCGAUGGAGCGGACAGACAGUGCGCGUACUGCAAGGGAUCAGCGGGCUUUGAAUGAUAUUACGCCCGCUGCGACUCUCGUAACGUCUUCUGUUAGUCCUGUCGAGAUUGGCGUCGAUAUCGAUGUAGCGGGUUUGAAUCUCACGGAGUUAGAAGCGGAGGCGACCAAGGAGGAAGAAGAAGCACCUUCUGUUGUCAAGAAAACACGCACGAGAAGACAUCGGCAGAGGAAGAAGGAUGCAUUGAUUAAAGAUGGGGAGGUCACGCCAGCUAGGGAAACGACGAAGAGUAAGGGCUGGAGACAAACGCCGUUGCUGGAGCCGAAUCCAAGUUUUCAGCCGUUUGCUACGCUGAGGGGGAAGAAGAGACGGGAUGGCCGGAUGGAUGAGAAUGGUUGGGCAACGGAGGAAGCUACCGAUGUGCAGGAUAUGGGGGACUUUGACUUCACGAGCAAUCUGGCGAAGUUUGAUAAGCAUGAGGUUUUUAAUCAGAUCCAGGCGGAAGACAGUGUUGCAGAUGAGGAUCGGUUGGUUGCGCAUAAUCGCCUUCCGAAAGCGAAGCCUGGUACAGCUGGCGGGAAGAAUUUGCAUCAUACGGAGAAUGUGCUUGAAGUGCUAAACGGAGCGGGUAAGAGGGGUGAACUUUGGAAGAGCGAAGCGGGGAAUAGUGAUUUGGAGGAUAGGGCUAGCCAGAGGGGUAGUGGAAGUGGAAGGCUUUCGAGGAGGGCGAAGAAUGAUGAGAGGGCGGAGAGUAAAUUCAGUAUGCAUCGGAGGCCGGUUUCUAGGAAGGGGAGCUCUAUAAUUAACGUUCCGCCUUCUCGAGCACAUUCGAUACCGGCUCCAGGCUUAAAGCCAUCAUUCUACCUAGUCCCCUCAGACCGCCAGUGCGAGCCCUUGUCAGCCCUCCACAUGCUCAACCUAGAAAAUAUCGCUGAUACCGAACUCGGUCUCUCCGAGGAAAUGAUGACCGAGAACGCUGGCCGUGGUAUCGCUGAAGUCGCCCUCUCUGCGCUCAAUGCUGGAGGCGGGGGUCUCACCCAAGGCAAAAGCAACACGAUCCCAACCGUUGUCAUCUUGGCCGGAAACAACAAAAGCGGUUUCCGCGCCGUCGCAGCAGGCCGCCAUAUUCGUAACCACGGCCUCAACGUCGUGAUCUGCGUCUUGGGUCUAGAGCGAGAAUCAGAACUUCUCGUGGGCCUGAGUCGUCAGCUCAAAGUCUUCCGUUGCUUUGGCGGUAAGGUCCUCAACAAAGCCCAGCUGUUAGAAUAUGUGAAGAAUCUCGGCGCCCCUAUUGAGUUGAUCAUCGACGGCCUGCUGGGUCUUACUAUUUCGUUCGAGGAGCUGAGGACAGGCGACCAGGCUUCGGCGUACGAACUCAUCGAGUGGGCGAACCGCUCUCGGGCAGCUGUCCUCGCUAUUGACGUGCCUACGGGUAUUGAACCCACGAAUGGCAAAGUCAGCAUCAUUGAUGGGCGCAAGCUUUAUAUACAUGCUAAAUUCGUCGUUGCGAUGGGAGCCCCGAAGAAGGGGCUGCUGGAGGCGAUGGCGCGGGGUGAGGGUGUGCCUGAUGAGGAUGGAGUGGGGAACUCGAAGGGGAGGGAGUGGCAGCUUUUCGUGGCGGAUAUUGGGUUGGGGGCUGCGGUGUGGAAGAAAACUGGAACGAGGGUUAGAAGAGGAGUAGAGUUUGAGGGAAGUUGGGUUGUUGGGAUGAGGUUUCAGGGCGAAUGA